AUUCUAGACUCUCCAUAGAACCAUUUCUCUCAACCUCUUGUUCUGCUAUUUAUCUACCCCUGCAACCAUUCUCUGUCUCCAUAUCUUCCUGCUUCACCCAAAAUGACCACCAUCUCCGUCAGUACCAACGGUAGUCGUCGACCCUCUCCUCUCAGGCCAAACUCGUCGUUUGCUUUCGAGAACCCAAUAGCACCAGUCGAUGAUGCUGCUGUGCACCCUAUUCUACACUCUGGUCGGGUGGCAGUCAUCACUGGUGCUGCCAGUGGGAUCGGUGCAGCCGCAGCGGUUGAAUUCGCAAAACUCGGCAUGAAAGUCGCAUUGGCAGACGUGAACGAAGAUCAACUGCGUGCUGCUGGAGAGGAAGUCGCCAAAGUUUCAGGCGACCCCAGCAAUGUGCUCGUUGUGCCAACAGACGUCAGCAAGAUCGAAGACGUCGUCCGUUUUCGUGACAGGGUGUACGAGGCUUGGGGCGAGGUCGCUGUUUUGAUGAACAAUGCCGGCAUUAGCUCGAAGGGCACGUCUUGGGAUGGACUUGAUGCCUGGCACAAGGUCUUUGACGUAAAUCUAUUUGGGGUAUUGAACGUGCAACAAACGUUCGUGCAGUCCAUGAUUUACCAAGAGAACGCAGCCGCAAUUAUCAAUACCGGAUCCAAGCAAGGCAUCACCAACCCUCCCGGUAACGCAGCCUACAAUGCUUCCAAGGCAGCCGUCAAGUCCCUGACCGAGAGUCUCGCCCAUGAAUUGCGAGAACACCCAGCAGGGAAUAACACUACCGCCCAUUUGUUCAUCCCCGGAUGGACUUGGACUGGUUUGACUGGCGCAGGUAAAGGCGGAGAGAAACCCGCUGGGGCUUGGACCGCUCAAGAAACCGUCUUAUACAUGGUACAUGCUCAUUUUGGUUCACUUUCGUAUUGGCCCCUGACCAAACCUGUUUUUUUUUUCACUAGAUCGAUAAGUUCCGUGAAGGCAAAUUCUACAUCCUCGUCCCGGAUAAUGAGACUCGCAAGGAGCUCGAUCAAUUGCGUAUCAUGUGGACCGCGGGAGACGUUGCAGAAGGCCGUCCUGCUCUUAGUCGUUGGCACAAGGAUUACAAGGCCUUGUUUGAGGAGUAUAUUCGGGAUGGGUUGGCUCAGCUUGACUGAGAUGUUGAUCGUUUGUACUCUGAUACGGAGUGGAGAGGGAAAGAAGAAGGAGAUGAUUGGGCGAUACAGAAUGACAACUAGAAGAAAGAAGAAUUUGUAUGAUUACUCGAUGAUUGGUUUUGCUUAGAAUUUGUUUGUUUGCUAUAUUGUUCUUGCUACUCAACUUGCCCUUGACAUGGAGCUCUUGGUGUUUACAUAUUUCACUCAGUGUCUCUUGACACCUGGGCAGGGAUGACUCUGCAAACAAUAACAUGCCUGCUACUCCUCA